CCAGGAGGGAGGCCUCGUCAUCCGCGCUGGUGGAUGACGUCAGCGCAGUUUAAACCCCUCAGGAAAGCCGGAUCCGAAGAAGCGUGCGGUUAUUGUUUGUUAUGAUCGGAUACAGGAGGUCGUAUCGGCGUGUCGGAUAAAAGGAGGGCUUUUAGUGACCGAAGCGAUGGCCGGCGUUUUUGACUUUGAUUUGGAAAGUGAAGACCUAAGCGACCUGGAAGAAGUGGCCGGUGACGAGGAUGAAGAGUUUGAAUUCACCGGGAUUGAACCAGACCUGUCUGGAGACUGUAAGGAGAUCGAGAUCUCCUCUGACAUUGUGAACAGAGGCACCGAGAGGAUCGGACCCGAGUGCUUUGAGCUGCUGAGGGUCCUGGGGAAAGGGGGGUACGGCAAGGUUUUCCAAGUGAGAAAAGUUCAGGGUGCAAAUACUGGCAAAAUCUUUGCAAUGAAAGUUCUGCGAAAGGCGAAGAUCGUGUGCAACGCCAAGGACACGGCGCACACGAAGGCAGAGCGGAACAUUCUGGAGGCGGUGAAGCACCCCUUCAUCGUGGACCUGAAGUACGCCUUUCAGACGGGAGGGAAGCUCUACCUGAUCCUGGAGUGUCUGAUCGGUGGCGAGCUGUUCAUGCAGCUGGAACGAGAAGGAAUCUUCAUGGAAGACACGGCCAGUUUUUACCUGGCUGAGAUCACGCUGGCUCUGGGCCACCUGCAUUCGAAUGGGAUCCUCUACAGAGACCUGAAACCAGAAAACAUCAUGCUGGACCAGCAAGGUCAUAUCAAGCUGACGGAUUUCGGGCUGUGCAAAGAGUCUAUUCACGACGGCACAGUCACACACACCUUCUGUGGGACCAUCGAAUACAUGGCUCCUGAGAUUCUGACCCGCAGCGGACACAACCGGGGUGUGGACUGGUGGAGUCUGGGGGCGCUGAUGUAUGACAUGCUAACGGGAUCGCCUCCCUUCACUGCGGAUAACAGGAAGAAGGUCAUCGACAAAAUCCUGAAGUGCAAACUGACCCUCCCCCCCUACCUGACCGCCGACGCCAGAGACCUGCUGAAGAAGCUCAUGAAGAAAAGUGCGUCUCAGAGAUUGGGAGCUGGACUUGCAGACUGCGCUGAUGUCCAGAAACAUCCGUUCUUCAGACACACAAACUGGGACGACCUGCUGGCCAGAAAAGUGGAGCCACCGUACAAACCAUGCUUGCAGUCGGACGAGGAUGUCAGUCAGUUUGACACUCGCUUCACGAGACAGACCCCCGUCGACAGCCCUGACGACUCUGCCCUGAGCCACAGCGCCGACCAGGUCUUUGAGGGAUUCACCUAUGUCGCCCCCUCGGUUCUGGAGAGUCUGAAGGAGGGCUCUUUAUUCGAACCCAAAAUCCGAUCGCCCCGCAGACUGAACAGCAGCCCUCGAACCCCAAUCAGCCCACUAAAGUUCUCUCUGACCGAACCAUUCAAGCCCAGCGGGGGGGAGUCGGUCGAAAAAAUGGACACCGCCCCUUCGUCUGACAGCAACGCCUCCCAGCCAAUCAGAACGCCGGGCCGGACCAAGAAACAGAGGGGCCACAAAAAAAACAAUAAUUAAAUUAAUACAUCUGGAAACCCCCUGCCUUCCACACUGCAGCCCAGCGCUUUCUUUAUCUAACCACUGAGCUCCUCGAACCCGCUGCCUUCCACACUGCAGCCCAGCGCUUUCUUUAUCUAACCACUGAGCUCCUCGAACCCGCUGCCUUCCACACUGCAGCCCAGCACCCUAACCACUGAGCUCCUCGAACCCGCUGCCUUCCACACUGCAGCCCAGCGCUUUCUUUAUCUAACCACUGAGCUCCUCGAACCCGCUGCCUUCCACACUGCAGCCCAGCACCCUAACCACUGAGCUCCUCGAACCCGCUGCCUUCCACACUGCAGCCCAGCGCUUUCUUUAUCUAACCACUGAGCUCCUCGAACCCGCUGCCUUCCACACUGCAGCGAGUGAAAGUUUUCUUGGGGGGG